AUGACGAAACCUGAUAUUAAGUCGCUACAUACGUUACUUCCAUUUGACCCCAAUUCCAUGGAGUAUAUAUCAACACCCUAUGUAGUUAGGAUUCAAGUAAGCAUUUUUAACUGUGGUGGGGUUGCCAUUAGCAUGUGCACUUCACAUAAAUUCAUCGAUGGUCACACGAGCACAAUGCUUUUGAAGGCUUGGGCAGCCACUGCUCGUGGCCAGUCUCUAGACCAAGUAUAUCCCAGUUUCUUAUCACCUUCUCUCUUCUGUCAAAAUCCUACAUUGCCUAAAGAUUCUUCAUUGGCUAUGUGGCCUUUUAGACAAGGCAAGUUUGUUACGAGGAGAUUUGUAUUUGAUGUCUCUUACAUAGUUGCACUUAAGGUGAAAGCAUCUGAUGUCUCACCAGUUGUCUUUGUGGAAAACUCAACCUGUGUCGUGGUUAUAACUGCACUUCUCUGGAAAUGUGUUAUAGCUGUUUCUAAAACAAUUCAUGGGUCCGAAAAGCCAUCUGUUUUGUCACUUCCAGUGAAUAUACGAAGAAAAAGUUUGCCACCAUUGCCAGAGAGUUCUGUUGGAAACAUCAUCUAG